AUGUAUGGUUGUCAUUGGUACUGGGGUGUGGAUCUUGACAGAGAAUCCAAUCUGCUAACUACAUUUAAUGCUCUAUAUGGCCGUUACAGGUACAGACGGUUGCCUUUUGGACUUAAUUUUUCUCAGGACAUAUUCCGAGAGAAGAUGGACUACAUCUUGGAACAGUGUGAGGGUACCAUCGGCAUAGCAGAUGACGUUGUCGUGUACGGGAAGAAUGCAGAUGAACACGAUAGGAACAUGGUGAAGCUGAUGAAUGUAUCCAAAGAAUAUGGGCUAGUGUUCAACCUUGAGAAGUGUGAUUGCAAGAUCCCCUCAGUCAAGUUCUUUGGGUGCUACUAUGAUGCACACGUCGUGCACGCUGACCCAGACAUUGAAGCCAGCAUAAGAGCACUUCCUUCUUCGCAGAAUGUGAGGGACCUUCAGAGGUUUCUCGGGAUGAUACAGCUAUAA